AUGUCAUCAAAAACUAUUCCGGAAAUUCCGUCUAAAAGUAUCGGGACUGAAAAUACUUAUUCAACUAUAAAUUAUCGAAAGAAGGGAUUAAAUGAUGAUAUGCCAAAAUAUGCAACAUUAACAAAAAUACGAAAGGCAGCAAAAUUUGAGCGUCUCACAAAUCAUCGUAAACAAGAAUGGCUGGAAUCCGGUACAGAAAAUGGUUUUAUCAGGCUUUAUGCACCAGUCGGAUCACGAUCUUUGAUUUAUCCAGCAACACUUCAAACAACUGUUCAGGAUAUUUGUUCUAUUUUGGGUUUUGAAAGUUUAUAUCUUCAAAUUGGUGGCUCUAAAAUUAGUAAUCUGACAGCAGGAGCAUAUCCACUGCAAUUGCAAAAUCAAAUUCUGUCAAAUAUUGGGUAUGAAACACAAGCGGAAUGUAUGGCAGCUGGUGAUGCGUUACAUUUAACCCAUCUUUUUUGCUUCUUUAUAGGUCGUCCAGAGCAAGCAGCUAGUGGAGAAGCAUCCAACGAAAUACUCAUAGCGUGGUGUCACGUGCGCAAAGGUCGACUGUUGCAAAAAUGGAUUAAACGUCGUUGUACGCUUUAUAAUGGAACGAUCCGUAUUGAACAUGAUAACGGUGACGAGAUUUUAUUACUUAGUCGGUAUCGUGUUGAUGUAACGGAAGGAAGUCGUGGAAAGUAUCUUCGUCUAACAGAUUCCUCAAACGUUUAUAACUUACAUUUUGAAGCAAUCGGUGAAAUGAAUCUUUGGCUUACUCGUUUACUUCAAACUCAAAUGGCACCAAACUGUGAUUUAAGUGAUCAUCGUUUAUUGUUGCUACCUGAUGAACUAUUCUCGGUUGGCGUUAUUCGUCAAAUUGUUACAUUAAAUUUGCGCAGGAAUUCAUUACAAUUUCGUCCAAGUAAUCAGAUCCAAAACCCACUUCUCGGAUGGCUUGAUGACGUGGGUCGUUUACAUUCUCUGCGUUCAUUGAAUAUCGCUGACAAUUCGCUUUAUCAUUUUCCAAUUUCAGUAACUCACCUCAAUAAUCUUACCGAACUUAUACUUUCCGGAAAUCGUAUGUCUUACAUUCCAGCACAAAUUGCUGAAUUAAUCAAUUUAACAGUACUAAAUGUUAGCAAUAAUUGGUUGCAAACAGUACCGGAAGAGCUUUCACAGUGUGUGAUGUUAUCGAAAUUGGAUUUAAGUUUCAAUCGUUUUAAUCAGAUUCCGGAUAUUCUGUUCACAUUGAAACGAAUCCAACAUCUUGAAAUGGCCGGUAACAAUAUUGAAGUUUCAGCGUUGCAUUUUCUCCCUUGCAUUCAUGCACCGAAAAUUGAUUUACGUCGAAAUGCAUUGACAGGUACGGUACGUUUGACUUCAUUUAUUUGUUUUGCACUGACAGAAUUGGAUAUUCGUGAUAAUGUAAAUUUAUUGGAAUUGGAUUUAAGUAAUUUACAUACUAUACAGAUAGUACACUGUGAAAGGCUUCAUCUAACAAAUCUUCAAGUGAAUGGUACCAACCUCAAAUAUCUCUAUGCUGAUAAUAAUGAAUUAUCACAAGCAAUAAUAAUGCCUGUGCCAAUUCAUCUAGUGAUAUUUUCGAUCUCAUUCAACCGUUUUACUUCAUUACCGGAAUGGCUGACAGAUUUGCAACAUAUUGAAACAAUUUCUGUCCAUCAUAACCUUAUCCUAUACUUACCGCACAGGAUUUUCAUGAACGUAAGCAAAUUAAAAAAUCUGUAUGCAAACAAUAAUAAAAUUGAGCAUCUACCAGAUGUUAUCGAAAAUUGUUCGUUGGAAGUUUUAUCGUUGCAUAAUAACCGCAUCAAUGCAUUACCGAAUGAACUAUUAAAAGCAGCGAAUAAGCUCAAAAAUCUGAAUGUUUCAUGUAAUCAACUUAAAAGGCUUCCAACUGCAAACACAAUGCUUGACCUGAAUAGGCUUCAAUUUCUUCGAGCAGCUCAAAAUUUUCUGGAUGAAAGUGUCAUUAGUGUUGUGGUAUCAUGUCGACGUCUACGCUUCUUAGAUCUUUCUUAUAAUCACCUUAAAUUUUUUGAUGACAGUUGUUUGAGCCGUUUGGUAGCAUUAGAAGAAGUAAAUUUAUCGGCCAAUCAUCUCACUUCCGUUGCAACUUCAUUUACACAAUUACCUAAUUUACAAGUUCUCCGAAUACAUUCGAAUGAUAUCACAGCAAUUCCGGAUUUCUCGCAAUCACCGCAACUGCAUUUGCUGGACAUUUCAAACAACGAAUUUAGAGAUUUGGAUACCAAUUUAUGUAUGGCAAAAACCUUAAAACAUCUUGAUCUCACCUGUAAUUACAUGUUACAAAUUGAUACCGAUAAUAUUAAGCCAAAAAAAGAAGGUCAAGCAGUAUCGGUAGUGAACGUUGGUAGUGAAUGCAACUGUAACACAUUUCACGUUGGCUUCAGUGAAUCAGCUGGACAACGAAACAAACUAUGUGUACGACAACUUCGAUCAAAUUCAAAUAUGAAAGCAAUUUUCGGUAUUAUUGAUGGUGGAAAUAAUGAUCAGAUUGCACGAAUUGUAAUCGAAAAAUUAAAUGAAUUUCUUCAAAAACAGGCUUUAAUUAAUGCCUAUACCUUGAAAAUGGCUUUAAUUUAUGCACACGAACACCUCGGCCAAAUUGGUGAACGACUUGGUGCGGCAGCAAUGCUUGUUAAAAUUGAACAACAUCGAUUAUUUUUUGCAACAGUUGGAAGUAUUCGAGCAGUGUUAUGUCGUUCCGGGAAUGCCUUGCAGUUACCCAGUCAAGCGAUUACCGUAACAUCUGAAGAUUAUAUUCAGCUACGUACUGGUAAUGCAACGCUUAACCAGGACAAUUUGAUUGAUGGAAUAUGUUUAUCAGCAAGUUCACUUGGAUUUUCGUUUCUUUAUCCUGCUGUUCUUCCGAAAUCACAUCAGGAUACAGUAGAACUUACGGAAGCCGAUGAGUUUAUUAUAAUUAGUUCACGAGCAUUGUGGAAAUAUAUCACUCCUCAAGAUGCGGUGGAGAAUAUUCGAACUACACAUAAUCCACAAAUUGCAGCCAAAAAGUUGCAAGAUAUACUUCAAGCAUUUGAAUAUGUUGGUAAUGUAAGUAUUAUUGUUAUUCGGUUUAAACGAAUUCAAGAAGAAUGUUGCUAUCGAAAUAGGAUUCCGGAAAGAUCAUCUACAAUGGUUAAACCUACCUGUUCAAAAAGUGGCAUCAAUUUGUUACGUAAUAUAGAAGAACGGUUGGAACAAAUCAGUGAAGCAAUAAAUAAGAUUGAUGAUGAUUCGAAUAACAACUGUCCUGUAUUCCAGUUAUGGAGCAAAAAAGGAAGCUUUAGUACACUGGAACUAAUGCCAAAUAACAUCGACAGUAGCUGGCCAUCUGGAAGUAGUAUUAUCUCGAAGUGUAGCACUUCACGAGGUGUAUCACCUUCUAGUGCUCCACCAGAUCCGCACAAUGAUCAAAUAUUAACUGAUCGAUUUUCGAUCCGUAAAAAAAUUGAUAUGUAUGAUCGCCUUAGUGCUGUAGCUAUUGCCGAUAGUAAAGAACGCUUUCAACGUGCUCGAUCAAAUGUUAGCGAACAACUUAGACUACGAACUCCGGAAGGAAAAAUCAUGAAAUUAUACAAAGUAUAA